AUGUCUGGUGCUGCUGACACAGCUGCGGCCGCGGCCGUCGCCGCCGUCGCCGGCUCGUCGGGUGCGUUGCCGCUCAGCGGACGCGUGGCCAUCGUGACCGGCGCGUCGCGCGGCAUCGGGCGAGCCAUCGCGGCCCACCUCUCCUCCCUCGGCGCGAGCGUCGUCCUGGGCUACGCGGCCAGCGCGGCCGAGGCCGACGCGCUCGCCGCGGAGCUCCCGCGCGCCGUCGCCGUAAGGGCCGACGUGUCCGAGGAAGCCGGCGUGCGCGGCCUCUUCGACGCCGCCCAGUCGGCCUUCGGCUGCGCGGCGCCGCACAUCCUGGUCGCCAACGCCGGCGUGCUCGGCGACAAGUACCCGCCCCUCGCCGGCACCGCCACGGCGGACUUCGACCGCGUGUUCGCCGUCAACACACGCGGCGCGUUCCUGUGCCUCCGCGAGGCCGCCAACCGGCUGCCCCGCGGCGGCGGCGGCCGGAUCGUGGCCGUGACGUCGUCCGUGGUCGGGUCGAACCCGACGGGGUACUCCGCCUACACGGCGUCCAAGGCGGCCGUGGAGGCGAUGGUGCGGACGAUGGCCAAGGAGCUCAAGGGCACGCGCGUGACGGCCAACUGCGUGGCUCCGGGGGCCACGGCCACGGACAUGUUCUUCGCCGGGAAGAGCGACGAGACGGUGAGGCGGACCGCGGAGACGAACCCGAUGGAGCGGCUCGGGGAGGCCGGCGACAUCGCACCGGUGGUCGGCUUCCUCUGCACCGACUCCGCCGAGUGGGUCAACGGGCAGGUCAUCCGGGUCAACGGCGGAUUCCCAGCCAAAAGGAACAAAAGCGACAAGCUUCCAGAGAGCAUAAUUUCAAGUCCCAACACUCAUAACCAUGGCCUCCUCCUCCCACCAAGAAGAACUCCAUGA